CCCUCCCUCACCCAAACAAUCCCAGUAAACUAACUACCGAUAUUAUGGUUAAUUAAAUAAGUUAUGCUACCAACUAAUAUAAUAAAUUUUUGUAGACGAGAAACGAGAAUUUUUAUGUUGACAAUAUAGCUAAAAGAACUUAGACAAGAGUGAUAAUUGUGUGUAAAUAUAUAGAUUGUAUUGGUCACCCAAGAGUGAGUUGAAGUGAAAUAAUGUUAUAGACCACAGUAGCAGGUAAACCUGCACCCAUAUUGCCUGUCAUCUCUGCCUUAACACGGAAGAAAAAAUUUAAAGAAGACUAUUUUAACAUGUUGAUCCACAGAGCUCAUUAGCUGCCUGAAAAAGUUUACUGUACUGAUGAAUUGUGUGUCUGUCUUAAAGUUGCCCUGUUUUUCGGUAAAAUGUUUGUGGUCAUGAAGACCAAUACCCCCAGUAGGAGAUAUACGAUGAAAUAAAAUGAAUGUUAGCUGUGUAAAUGGGCACUCUCGUACGUUCGCAUCACGGGACGCAGGGCGUCGGAAUAAUACACUGCGUAAAAACCGACACCAACCUUGUUACUACGUUCUGAGUUAUAACUGGUGUGAAACUUCACGUGCGCAGGAAUGGAUCGUGCAAUCCAUGGUUGUGGUCAGAUAGACGGUGCCGCCUUUGCUUUGACAGUGUUUCUUUGACCUUGUUUGGGUUAGAAUGGCUCUUGCUUUAGGAAUUACAUGCACGCGUGCUUUGAUUAGAAAGAGCGCGUGCUUUAGUUAAAUAGAGCACUAGCUUUGGUUAAAAAGGUCAUGCUUCGUUAAGAAAGAGUACGUGUUCUCGUAGGAAUUAAGCGGAUAAAUUUGAAAAUGGCGUUUUCAUUCUGAAAUUGCAUCAAAUGUUUUCCGUUUUUCAAAUAUCUCUGGCGUGGAAAGAUGGAGUUGUUUUGUCAGUAAGAGCGUCUAAUUUGAUGAUUAACAGGGCGUGCUUUGAACGCGUGCUUUGGUGAGAAAAAAACGCGCGCUUUUGUUGGAAAGUGCAGUGUUAAAAUAGAAAGUGCACCUGCUUUGGUUAGAAAGAGCGUGUGCUUUGACUAACAAGAAAAAGAAUAAACGCCAAAACACAUCAUUUAUAACUUAAAUUUGUUUAGUUCCAAGUGUGAGUGCCGAAUAUAUAUUUGAUAAGAAAGGUCUAGAGGAUGUACUUUGGUACAUUUCACUAAGGUCAAUUUAGAGGGUGACAGAGAACCAUUGUUUACUUACAAUAAAUCAGCUUGAUCGAAAAUAACCAAUCCUGCUCAAAGGUGGGUGUCGAAACGUAACUGGAUCUGCGAUGCGUGCAUUGAAAGGUUUUUCGCACCUCUUGUAGCCAAUAAGAUCUUUCAAGACGAGAGCCAAAAUUCACCAGCAUUCGUCGGACUAAAUAAUUCAGAAGAAUUAUUAUGCACACUUUUAUCACUCCGUUUUUGCAACGAUUAAUAUUUCCAUAAUGAGUUAAAAAUGGUCUGUUUAGAUCAUUGUCUCUUUGCUGUACGUGUUCACCGAAUCGAUCAACGUCAAACUUGGUAGUAUGAUUUGUUUACAUUGGUUAUUAGUAUAAAAGCCGUAUUUUUGUAAAAAGCAUUAAUUAGCAUUUGUCAACUUGCGCAUUCUUUCCUAACCCCGAGCAGCCCAUGAGCAAAACAGGCUGGUUUGGAAAGCAGACAGAAUCCGUGAGCAUUGAGUUGCUUGAGCAACUGGAAAAGAAAUGUUUAUUACUGUUAAAUAUGGAGAUCGCGAAGAGGCACUUUUCAACCCAAACUGUCGCACUCUUCACCUGCUAGAAGACAUUAAAAGGCGAUGUAACUGUGCUGAGAAUGCGGUUAUUGACCUGUCGGAUCUUCAGGGUGCUGUAAAAAAUCUCACGGACCAUCAGACAUCAAACGCCAGCGAAUUCCUCAACGAGAGAGAAACCUUCAUCCUCGUGCUAGUAGAAAAGAACUGUGAAGGUCGCGACUUUCCACUAUACACGCCUCUUCUUCAGGACGAGGAUGUAUUAACAACAGACUUUUUAGGUAGGCGCGUGCAGCUUAAUUUUGUCGAAGCUUUGACUGAUACAUGGAAUGUCUGCCACAUUGUAUGCAGCUGUUUCGAAGAAAUUAAGGUUAUCCUAUAAAUAGCGUAAAAGUGUGCGCAGUAUGCCGAAAAGUAUUUGGGGUAACGUUAGUCUACUGCUGUUUCCUGGAACUUGACGGGGGUAUCAAUAGCUUAGAUAGAGAAGUAACGACAGUGUGCAUUGUGGUUUGUCGUUCCUUCUUUAUGAAACAUCGUGAACUUCGAUCAAGCAAUGGUGAUUUGCCAUUACCCAUAAUACCUUUCGUGAGGGAGCGCGGUGGCCUCAUGCUUGGUGCGCUCGACUCCGGAUCGAGCGGUCCGGGUUCGAGUCCUGGCUGGGAACAUAUAUUACGUUGUGUUAUUGGACAAGACACACUCUCUGCCCAGGUGUAUAAAUGGAA